AUGGAAGGUGGCUUCAACAAGGCCGGCUCCCCGGAGGCGUCCGGCGAGGGCGGCGGCACGCGGCGGGCGCCGGCGGGGGCCUACUACGAGUGCUCCUUCUGCAAGAGGGGGUUCACCAACGCGCAGGCGCUGGGAGGCCACAUGAACAUCCACCGCAAGGACCGCGGCGGCAAGCCGGGGACAGCGCCGCCGCAGCAGGACGACGCCGGUGGCUCCCGGACCUACGGCGGCGGCGACGUGCACCUGGGCCUCUCCCUGGGGAGGAAGGAUGACGUCGAUCUGGAGCUCAGGCUUGGGGGCUAUCCCUAUAAUUAA